GGUUUGGUCUGUGCUUGAGAUAAAACUUCCAGUUCAGUACCAAAUUAAUUGUUAGUUUGUUAGAACCUUAACCAGCCUAUUGGCAGUGUUAUCCGAUCAUAUAUGACUGAUAAAACAUAUCGAUUGUCUGGAGGGUCAGUAUGCGUUAUUACGCGUGGAUGUCUUAGUUUCGUGAAAUGUUCCAUUAUCCUUGAAGCUAAUGCUAAGUUAGCAUAGAUUUAGGUUGGAUUGACAAUUCAAGUAGCCAAUUAGAUUGUCCCUUCUGUGAUAGGCUGAUUUCCCAGGCUUGGGGAGAGCCUCUUUAUCGAUCCUCAUUGCGCAAUAGGUUGAAGGUCGCAUGGAAAGUCACUGGGAUGAGAAUGUUGUGUUUUUAUUGUAAAAAAUGUGUUUCUAUUCUAAACAAAUAACAUUUAAAACAUUACAGAUGUACAUCAAACAGUGGAAUGAUGUAAUUUACACAUAUUGAAGUAAAGAAAUACUUGGAAAUAGCUCUUGACACCACUUACUAAAGUAGCUGCCCAGAUCUAGUACUUAGGUCUAUCAAUCCCCAAUUUUUUUCUGAUAAUGUUGACAUGUUCGGGUAACCAUAGGAUGUGUGUAAAGCUGGGUAUAUCAAUAUUUGAGUUUUAGCCUGUCCAUGAAAGAACAGAAAAAGUAAAAAAAAAAUGUGUUGUGUGUUCUAGCAUGUGCCUGAAAACCUUCUUUCUUCCAAUCUACAUUCUGCUAAAUUCCUGUACCCCCAUUGGUACUUUAUACAGAAUACAUUCACUGUGCAUGUCCUGACAAUAUAUGUGCACAUAAAUUGCAGUUAUAAUGGGCAAGGGCAGUAUAGGUGGAAUUCUCAAUUUGGUGUCUUGCUAAAUAUUCAAACUGCGUGAUGUUACUUGCUCUGUGGUGUGGUGGUUAAAGACACAGCCUCUCACAUGGGAGACCUGGGUUUGCUUCCAUGAAGGGCAACAAUUAUCAUAUUUUUUAAUUGUGGGCAGGCUGAACUAGGCUUGCCUGUCUACAGUAAAGAAAGGUAAAUAAUAAAACUGCCUUGCCUUGGAACAGAACAAUACGUUUCUACUAUCUUGCCAGCUCAGGGAUUAAAACCCUUGACCGUCAUCAUUAUCAACCACUUUUAUUACUACCCCAACUUCCGAGACCACUAGGCUUCCCUGACUUAUUUGUCAUUAAAUAGACCUUUACUCUGUAGACCUCCAAGAUGGAAUUGUGUUGAAGUACUGAAAUGCUAAAGUUUUGGAAGUUCCCAGGACCAGAGUGGUCUUCAUCAUUUCGAAAUGGAAAUCCUCAUCUGGUUAAUACCAUCCUACAGUGAAGCAUGGUGGUGGGAGCAUUGUGCUAUGUGGAUGAUUCUUAGCGUCAACAACUGGAAGGUGGGAAGAUGAACCAGGCAAAAUACAGAUAGGUCCUUAAAGAAAACUUGAUCCAGAGAUUUAUUGACCGAAAGCCAACAGCCAGGAAAACAUUGAAGUGGCUUUGAGACAAGACUGUGAAUGUCCUUGAGUGGCCAAAGCCCAUAAUUGACCCCACUGGUGUAGCUAUCAGGGGUGCUACAGGGUUGCGGGGGUGCUAUCAGGGGUGCUAUCAGGGGUGCAGGGUAUGCUAUCAAGGGUGCAGGGGAUGCUAUCAAGGGUGCGGGGAUCCUGUCUACAUUAGAUAUUUAGUUUUUUAAAUUGUCUCGCAUUUUUAAAAACUUGUUUUUGCUCUGUCAUUAUCAGGUAUAGUGGGUACAUUGAUGACCACAAAAUCAAACUCUCAACUGAUUCUGGCUGAUUCUGCCGCUAUUGUCCAUUCUGGGGCUAUUGUCCAUUCUGGGGCUAUUGUCCAUUCUGGGGCUAUUGUCCAUUCUGGGGCUAUUGUCCUUGAUUCUAGUAAUUUUGUUGAAUAUAUUCAAAAGAGAUGCAGAACCCUAUUCAUGUUAUGUAAGAUUGUUGCAAAUCUCCAGAUUAAAUAACUAGUAUAACAAGAUGAAUUGGGGCUUCAUUCCACAUGUAGCGGUGUGUCAGCGCUUCAGGGUGGCAUCGCUUUCUUUCUACUUUGAUGUCAGUCACUGCGAGCAGCGGAGGCUUGGAGCGCGUGCCAGCGGGGAAGUCAGCGGCGAGUCCAAGUAGGAACAUCUGAUUGAGGGCGCGUGAUACCGUGAGAGAUAAAACCGUUACUUAUCUUUUAUGACAGAGAAUCAAAGUUUUGUUUUUCAGGAAAAAAACAUAUCCUUACGCUUUUCGGUCCAGUCAAAUUUAGAAGCUAAUAUUUGGUAUGAUCGAUAUUAUGGCAAAUGCCGGGUGUCUUUGAACAUUUGUAUUUUUUCAAUGUAGCCUAAAUACAGUAUCACAAGAAACCAUCAAAACGCAUAACAUCAACACACAAUUGAAAAAUAAAACUUUAAGCGUCAGUGUUUUCGCUCCACGAGUGGUGUCAGAACCAUGGCCAGCUCCGCUUCCCAGGACGGUAAUGGCGUGUUUCAGAUCUUCAAAGACGACCGGUGUCCGUCAGGGCGUCUAGAAGACUGCCUACCGAACUCUCCGUGGCAGCUCAGUUUCUCGGAGCUGUUGAACUACUCAGCUAACGGCAGUUGGAUCGCUGAUCCGGAGCCCAUGUCUGCCAUCAUCCCCAUCAUUGCCGCGGUCUACUCAGUGGUGUUCGUGGUCGGACUGGUCGGGAACUGUCUGGUUAUGUAUGUCAUCAUUAGGUACACUAAAAUGAAGACGGCCACCAAUAUCUACAUCUUUAACCUGGCUGUAGCCGAUGCCUUGGUGACCACCACCAUGCCUUUCCAGAGUACCGACUACCUGAUGAACUCCUGGCCGUUCGGAGAGGUGGUGUGUAAAGUCUUCAUCAGUAUAGACUACUACAACAUGUUCACUAGUAUCUUCACUCUGACCAUGAUGUCAGUGGAUCGGUAUGUGGCGGUGUGUCACCCAGUCAAAGCCCUGGACUUCAGAACUCCUGUCAAAGCCAAGAUCAUCAAUGUUCUAAUUUGGGUUCUGUCCUCAGCUGCUGGCAUCCCUGCCCUGAUGCUGGGCGGUACACAGACCCAUAACGGUGCCACAGAGUGUGCCCUCCAGUUCCCCGAUCCCUACAGCUACUGGGACACUCUGAUGAAGAUAUGUGUGUUUAUCUUCGGCUUUGUGGCUCCGCUCCUCAUCGUCAGUGUGUGUUACACUCUCAUGGUGCUUCGUCUGAAGAGCGUCCGGCUGCUGUCCGGCUCCCGGAGAAAGGAUCAGAACCUGCGGAGAAUCACCCGGCUGGUUCUGGUGGUGGUGGCGGUGUUCGUAGUCUGCUGGACACCCAUCCACAUCUUCAUUCUGGUUAAGACGCUGGCGCCCCCUGGUGGCAUCCCUGAGACCACACCCAUCAUGGCUGCCUACUUCUUCUGCGUCGCCCUGGGUUACACCAACAGCAGCCUCAAUCCUGUUCUGUACGGGUUCCUGGAUGAGAACUUUAAGAGGUGUUUUAGAGACUUCUGCUGCCCUGGGGGGAAGGGCGGGGUCGGGGACAGCCGUGGGGGGAGUCGUGUGAGAAGCACAUUGAGGAGUUACACCUGUCCACCAGAAGGUGGGGGAGAGGGCAGAGGGCAGAUGGCGAGGGGCAGGCCUGUAUGACUAGCGGUGGACCUGGACUUCUCCUGUAACUCUCUUGGAGAGGACUCUAAUGGGUUAACCCAGAUCACAUCGUUAGUCUGAGGGAGAGAGAGCCUGGGGAUUUUAUACAGCCUGUCAGUCAUUGGUUUAACAGGUCAAUAGCUUGAAUACAUUGCUUCUGGUUACUGAGAUCUUUGUUGAUGCCACAGUCCCAACACAAAGUCCACUGCUUGUCAACUACUAGUAAGCCAUGAUAAUCAACUUCUAGUCAAACACCCAACUAAUAACUAGUAACCAGCCAGUAGUUAACUGCUAUUGAAACACUAAACCAUUAUUUAACCUGAAAGACAACCAAUAUAAACAUUAAAGUAAAAUUUUAAUCAAUUUUAAUCUGGGUCAGAUUAGACAUUUUAAUAUGGGUCAAUCAGAUCAUACAUUUUAAUCUGGGGCAGUCAGAUCAUACAUUUUAAUCUGGGGAAGUCAGAUCAUACAUUUUAAUCUGGGGCAGUCAGAUUAUACAGUUUAAUCUGGGGCAGUCAGAUUAUAUAUUUUAGUCUGGGGCAGUCAGUUUAUACAUUAUAAUCUGGGGCAGUUAGAUAAUACAUUUAAAUCUGGGGCACACAAAUUAUACUUUUUAAUCUGGGGCAGCCAGAUUAUUAAUUCAAAUGUUACACUCAACCACACAGCCACAGUGUACAGAAGUAUUCCAGGCUGAAUUGACAUGAACUUCCUUUUCAUUGAUUUGUUCAUUGAAUUUUUAUCAACACUUUAAAGAAUAGUUCAAACUUAAUUUGGUAUGAGAACAACCAAAGACAGACAAUAGAGUCAUUUAUUAAUUUGAUUUAUUAGAUUUAGGUUUUUUAUCUCUUUGCACUUCCCAUUUUGCCCUAUGGCUCUGUUUGUAGAGGAAUGUGCAUACUAAAAAUGUUACGGAAUGUAUUGCUACUUUAUUUAUAAUGUUUGGAAAAAGUAUUGUGUUAGUAUAUUUGUUUUAACAGUAUGUUGUGCCAUGGGAUGUAAAGGAUAGUGACAAACUGGUACAUAAUCGUCAAGAUAAAAAAAAAAUGAGACAACCCAUAUCAACAUUUCAAUAUUUAAAUGAAUGAAGGUUAAAACGGCAUCCUGCAAUGUGUACUAUAAAACCUGUAGUUAGUGUAAGUGGGUCCUGCAAUGUUUACUAUAAAACCUGUAGUUAGUGUAAGUGGGUCCUGCAAUGUUUACUAUAAAACCUGUAGUUAGUGUAAGUGGGUCCUGCAAUGUGUACUAUAAAACCUGUAGUUAGUGUAAGUGGGUCCUGCAAUGUUUACUAUAAAACCUGUAGUUAGUGUAGGUGGGUCCUGCAAUGUUUACUAUAAAACCUGUAGUUAGUGUAAGUGGGUCCUGCAAUGUUUACUAUAAAACCUGUAGUUAGUGUAAGUGGGUGCUGCAAUGUGUACUAUAAAACCUGUAGUUAGUGUAAGUGGGUCCUGCAAUGUUUACUAUAAAACCUGUAGUUAGUGUAGGUGGGUCCUGCAAUGUUUACUAUAAAACCUGUAGUUAGUGUAAGUGGGUCCUGCAAUGUUUACUAUAAAACCUGUAGUUAGUGUAAGUGGGUCCUGCAAUGUUUACUAUAAAACCUGUAGUUAGUGUAGGUGGGUCCUGCAAUGUUUACUAUAAAACCUGUAGUUAGUGUAGGUGGGUCCUGCAAUGUUUACUAUAAAACCUGUAGUUAGUGUAGGUGGGUCCUGCAAUGUUUACUAUAUGUUUAUUGGGGCUUUAGUGAGAGGAAAUUACACCAAAAGAAGGUAUCUAAUGACCUAAGGAGAGUUUAAAACACCACAAAAGUGUUUUGUGUUGCACAAAAGCUGAUUAAGUAGUGUUACAACACACCAUAUGACUUUCUAGAACAUUGUGUUUCGAUAAGGUACUUUAGAUGAGGUAUAGUCAAGUGGUAGUUCAAUUACCAAUAAUUUUGGUGGUUUUUUUACAAAGCAGUUAUUUGUUUUGUCCACAUUUAGUGUGUUGAAGUAAUGGUGUUGUAUGUUUAGAUGUAACCCUAUGUAAAUAUAUUUGUCAACAUCAGUUGAAAUUUUAAAUCUAAAUAUAUUCAUUUGAGAGAACAAUGAUUUAUUGUUUGUUUUGCUAUCCAUAUAUAAAGGUUUUGCUGGUAUUUCUGUUUGAUGCAUUUCCUGUUAAUAUACAGUUUGUUUCAAUCCUCAUGUGUGUCUAAUGUAUUUGUAAAAUGUUACACGGCCAAACUCUUAGUAGUUCAUAGUUUACACUGUAUGUCAAAGGAAACAUCAUACAACACGGCCUACAUAACAUAUAGAUGUGUAGGAAGCAGGUGUUUAUUUUGUGGCUUACCCUGUCUGAAUAUCUGUACAUUGUAAAACCUAAUGAGUUCAGAAUACUCUACAUUUUUAAAAUAGUCAACUGUGAAUACCUAACAUAUCCUAUAAAUCCUUAUUUUGAAUUGCAACCCACCUAGCUAAUGGUCUAUUCAUUUCAAGUGUCCUCAAAACACCAGGUUUCCAAAAAUGAAAUAACUGCUUCCGCUGAUAUUUCUGGAAAACCUGGGAACUUAACCAGAAUUUUGCAAAGCUACCCACAAGGCACUGGCUUGCAAAGGAAUGCAAAAGUCCUAUUGACAUCCAGCACAUGUUUUGGCAGGAAUAUUUGUAUAUAAUUGUUACAAUCAUUUCAGUAGU